AAAGGAACACUAGGCUAGUUAAGAUUAGCUGGCAUGUGAACAGAGUUAUACCGUUGCUUCUAUGAGUCGCUCGCAACAGCUCAGUGCUUGCUCGAGAGAGCCAGCAUAGUUAAAGCUGAAUGCUCGAUUAAUGAAAGUCUCUUGUCCGGGAAAAAUGAAGGACGUGUAGGCGCGAAGCAGUGAGCUCGCAAGCUACACAUAUCUUGCAUGUGACAUGUUUAUCGUGUUUUUUAUUGCACGUAUCCGCAGGAGCUCAGAAGACAACGGUCCAAACAAAUCUGGUCCUUUUCCGCAGAAAAGGAAUGAAACCCGAUCCAGUCACCCCUUGCUACACGCCGCAUUCCAUUAUUAUAGGAGCUUGCGCUUGAUUUGGGGGCUAGGAGGAUACUUCACUCAAUCGCUCCGCCAAGCUCUGCGCUGCGCGGUAUCUACACGUUCCACGCCGCACCGCCUUGCCUUGCCUACUUCAUCGGCACUCGAGAGGAGCCGUGGGAGGCGCGGGAAUCGCGAAUCGAUGGGGAGCGUCGGGCGGCCGGAGGUGGAGUUAUCUAGCCCGCCGCCGCCGCCGCCGCCGCCGGCGGCUGCAGGAGCAGGCUCUGCGGACGCCGGGCAAGAGCAGAAGCCCGCCCAGAACGGCGGACCGGCGACCGGCGCCGCACCGGCGAUGGGCGAGGAAGGCACGGAGUACCGGGGCCUCCCUGGCGGCGCGGGCGCGGGCGCCGCGCCAGCGCCAUCGCCGGCGUCGCUCUCGAUCGUCCCGCUCAUCUUCAUCAUCUUCUACGAGGUCUCCGGCGGGCCGUUCGGGAUCGAGGACAGCGUGGGCGCGGCGGGGCCGCUCCUCGCCAUCGCGGGCUUCCUCGCCCUCCCCGUCAUCUGGAGCGUCCCGGAGGCGCUCAUCACGGCGGAGCUGGGCACCAUGUUCCCGGAGAACAGCGGGUACGUCGUGUGGGUGGCCUCGGCGCUCGGCCCCUACUGGGGGUUCCAGCAGGGGUGGAUGAAGUGGCUCAGCGGCGUCAUCGACAAUGCGCUCUACCCCGUCCUCUUCUUGGACUACCUCAAGUCCGGCGUCCCGGCGCUGGGCGGCGGCGCGCCCAGGACCGGCGCUGUCCUUGGGCUGACCGCGCUGCUGACGCUCCUCAACUACCGCGGGCUCACCGUCGUUGGGUGGGCUGCCAUCAGCCUCGGGGUCUUCUCCCUCCUGCCUUUCCUCGUCAUGGGCUUCAUCUCCAUCCCCAAGCUCCGGCCGGCGAGGUGGCUCGAGGUGGAUCUCCACAACGUCGACUGGAACCUGUACCUGAACACUCUGUUCUGGAACCUCAACUACUGGGACUCGAUCAGCACGUUGUCCGGCGAGAUCAGGAACCCUGCGAAGACUCUGCCCAAGGCCCUGUUCUACGCGGUCAUCUUCGUGGUCGUCGGCUACCUGUACCCUCUCCUCACCGGGACCGGCGCGGUGCCUCUGGACAGGGAGCAGUGGACGGACGGCUACUUCGCGGACAUCGCGAAGCUGCUCGGCGGCGCGUGGCUGAUGUGGUGGAUGCAGGCGGCGGCGGCGAUGUCGAACAUGGGCAUGUUCGUGGCGGAGAUGAGCAGCGACUCGUACCAGCUCCUGGGCAUGGCAGAGCGGGGCAUGCUGCCGGCCUUCUUCGCCACCCGUUCGCGGUACGGGACCCCGCUGGUCGGCAUCCUCUUCUCGGCCUCCGGCGUGCUGCUGCUCUCGACGAUGAGCUUCCAGGAGAUCGUGGCGGCCGAGAACUUCCUCUACUGCUUCGGUAUGCUCCUCGAAUUCCUGUCGUUCGUCCUGCUGAGGGUGAGGCGGCCCGACGCCCCGCGGCCGUACAGGGUGCCGCUGGGCACAGCCGGGUGCGUGGCGAUGCUGGUGCCCGCGACGGCGCUGAUCGUGGCGGUGCUCGCGCUGUCGACGCUCAAGGUGGCGCUGGUGAGCCUCGGCGCCGUGGCUGUCGGGCUCGUGCUGCAGCCGGUGCUCAAGUUCGUGGAGAAGAAGCGGUGGCUCAGGUUCUCCGUCAACUCGGACCUCCCCGGCAUCGACGUGAACCACCAGCCCGCCGCCCCCGACGAGCCGUUGAUCGUGUAGGGCGCGAAAAAAAAAAUCGGCGUAGACCUCGGGUUCUGAAUUGCUGAAAGUUAUGGUUUCCGGAGUUUUUGUCAGGCAGUAAGAUGAAUUUCGAGUAAACCAAAUACCGAUUUGGAAGGGAGCAUCUGAAGUGAUCAUCACGUGUUUCAUUCA